AACGUGCUGUGGUGCAAAGCAUGUAAAGGGGAACACAUCUGCUGCAAUCUAGUUAGUAGAGUAUGUCCAGAGGAACACCUGGAAGGGAGAACAACCAUCAGGAUAUCAACCACGUUAUCAAUCGCUACGAGGAGUGCAUUGAGAAUCAGCAGCGUGAGAUUGAGUUCUUCCGGGAGGAGAAUCAGAAGCUCAAAGAGAACGUUGAAUUCAUCGUUGAGGAGAACAAACGGCUCGCAUCGGAGGUGAAGAUUAAGAAUGUCUCCCAGGAGGAGAUCUUCAGGGGAAUGGAUAGUGAAAGGCAGAUAAAUGAGGCAGCUCUGGAGAAUCUUCGGCACCAAAUUGCCCUGCUGAAGGAAGAGAAGAAUGACCUUGAAACCCUCUGGACCCUCUCCAAGGACACCGUGAGGAAUCUCGAGAGGGAGAUUAUUGAAUACAGGAAGCUCCUCAAUGAACCCAACUCCAUACUCAGCCUCAAGCGUGAGUAUUCACGCACAAUUCGCACCCUUGAGGGCAAGAUUGCCACACUUGAGAAGAAUCUCGAAGAUGAGCGUUCACUCACGUGUAGCCUGCAGCAGAGUAGGGAAGAGUUAUCCAGGAGGAUGUCAGUGAUUGAGCUGCGACACUCAACGAGUGAGGAAGAACUGGCCAAGAGUGAGGCAUUCCUCCGGAAGACCAAAGAAGAAAUUGUCAGUGUUAUGCAGGAACGGCUGCAGCUGGAGAAGAGCCUCCACCGGAGCUACAUGCAGGUCAAGGAGUACGCUGAGAGGGAAACCACAGCACUGGCAAAAGUUCAGGAAGCUCUCAAUAUUGCUGAAUGUGCCAUUGCAGAGAAGGCACGAGCUGUUGGCAAGGAGGAAGAGAUGCGGCAGGAAUAUGAGAAAUUAGCCAGUGAAAUGACGCGAGUUAUCACGGAAGCAGCUGGGAAGGUUCAAGAGGAGAUUUCACGCACCAAAUCCAGAUAUAUUGAGCGAAUAAAGAGUCUGGAGGAAGCCAAUAAGAAGGCCAAAGAGCAAUUAGCGCAGGAAGUGAAAAAGACUGCCAUGGUGGAGAAACAAAUGAGCCACCUGGAAGAACGUCUCAGGGAUGCCAUGCAGAACAACACAGUCCUUGACACAGAUCUCCAGAUUGCUUCGCAAUCAAUUAUUGAGAUGGAAGUGAAGCUGGAAGCAUUCCAGAAACUCCUCAACACAGGUCAAAAGACAGCAAAUGUCUGCGAGGAGAGAACAAAGGAGCUGGAGAACUUCCUUGACAAUCAGCGACGUUUAAAAGAGCAAUGGAAGAAUGUGGUUAAUGAGGUUACAGCCAAGCUUCAGCUGGAGAUUACGAAUCUCCAGAAGGAGAAUGUUUCCCUCCAUGCAGAGAAUUCCAAACUUCGGAGGAAGUUGGACAAUCAGGGAUGAUGGAUUCACCUACCUUGU